AUGUUCAUUAGGAAAGUGUUCCCACGAGUGAGACAAUCCCUGAUGCCCAUGGUGAAUAAUCUGCGGUCGCUCGGCACGAGGGCUCCUUUCCUCUAUCCUCCCAGAGCGACGCUGGGUUUGUGGGCUACGCUGGACAAACCUGCGUGGCCCCGAGCCCUCUCCUGGAUAUCCGGAUUCGCUCCUGAUUGGGGAAGAUCUGCGGGUUGUCCUUCCACGCCUUCCUUCGCCGUUCGUUGGUCCUCUGGCCUGUUCUUACGUGACGACGCAUAUUUCUGCCCUGACGAGGGGCAGGUAUCCAAUUGCCCGGUCGAGAAGGUUCUCUCUCGUCGACAGGGGUUCGUUCACGAGGACGGCGUAACCUUUCAUUUGGGAUCUCUAGAUGGGCUGAUCGUGUUGGACGAGCUUGAUGGACUUCAGGGAUCUCUCGGGGAGCUGCAGAACGAGAUCGAGACCUCUGGCGGAAAUCGGCAUAGUAUGACCCCAUUCUCGGUGAUCCGGGCCGUACUCGAGGAGCGGGUACUGGACGAGGAUUCUCUCGCCUCGGAGCUUCUGUGUGGGUUUGAAUGUCAUGAAUAUCUCGAUCCGUCCUGGAACGAGACCGAGGAUAAUCUCGCAGCUCAUCGAAGGUAG